AUGCGCAAGUAUCCACCCGAAUCCUUCUCCAUCCACUGCAAAGGUACUUUCCACCUCUCGCCCUCUCGCUCUCCCGACCCCUGCGCCCGCAACACCGCCGCGUGUUUCUUAGACUCAACUCCGGCCCUGCAAGCCCAGCUCUCCCUUUUAUCCCUCCCUCCCAACACUAUUCUUCCGAAUGGUGGAAGUGCUUUGGAGCUCGGGCUUACAGCCUUUGCCACCACUCAAGCAGCACAUGCUGAAGGGGCGAAAGCUGUACGGGUAUUCAACGCAUCGCCAGAGAAGCACACGAGGGGAGACACGGCCCGAAGCGUCCGUUGUGUGCGCAAGGAGAAGAUCCGGGUGCAGAGGCGGGCAGCAGCACUGAAAGCAGCAGGCGAGCCUUGGCCGAACGAGGCGGAACGGGUAGCAGUGCUGGCUGAGAAGCACACGAGGGGAGACGCAGCCCGCGCCGUCAGCAGCGUGCGCAAAGAGAAGCCUUGGCCCAACGAGGCAGAACGGGUGGCAGUGCUGGCUGAGAAGCACGCGAGGGGAGAUGUGGCCCGCGCCGUCCGCAGCGUGCGCAAGGAGAGGGUUCGCGUGGAGAGGCGCAUAGCAGCGAGGAAAGCAGCGGGCGAGGCGGCUGUGGAAGCUGCUGCAAAGGCGCUGCAAGGGCUGGUGAUAGGCGGGGUGGUGGGUGAUGACGGUGGGAGGGAAGGGCGUGAAGCCGGUGCUGAUCGUGAUGAGGAGGAGCACACAGGGGAGAAAUCAAUUGCUCCGAAAGAUGAUGCAGCAGGAGCGAGAGCAGCUGAAGGGGCAAGGGCAGCUGAGGCGGAGAAAGAAGCUGAAGCAGCGAUGCGCCGACUGUCGAUACGAGGGGGGAUGGGUGGUGCGGGUGAUUGGACUAGGGAUACAGGUCGGGGCGACCAAGCUGGAAAGAGGAAAGGUCCGAGAAGCUUCCCUCAGAACAACAAUGAGAAUGAGAGGGAGGAGCGUGUCAGGAGCCGAGAGGGAGUGAGCGCAGGUCCGUUCAAAGCUGCAUGUCAACUCAAAGCCGUGUCGCCACUCAAAAUCACCUCUCCUGUGAAAAGCGACACGCCCUUGCGCCCGCGGUCGAGGAAUAUGCGAGCAGUCGGGUGUGACUCAAGGGACCGGGAAAUACUGAGGCGGGAGAAUGUACGGGUGGAGAGUGAGAAGGAGCGGGGUUUGGAAGCAGCGGCAGAGAAGUAUGUGAACUGCACCCCCCCACGCCGUCAUCACCAUGGCUAUCGCCAUCACCAUGACCAUCGCCACCGAGUAGAGCAUCGCUCGCAGCAGCAACACUCCUGGCAGCGCCGUGUUUACACACCCCCUCGUCAGCAUCCCAAGCAGCAGCAGCAGCAGCAGCAGCAGCAGCAGCAGAAGAAGAAGCAGCAGCAGCCGCACCAGCAGCCGCAGCAGCAGAAUCAGGAGCGCAGCACUCAGCAUCCGGCAGUGUAUGCUGAUAUCGUGAGAGGAAGGAGUGGGUUUGCCAGUCCGGAGCUCCGAGACAGAUGCUAUGGACAUGGCAAGUAUGCCCACUGCACGCCCCCUCGUCAGCAGCAACAGCAGCAGCAGCAGCAGCAGCAGCAGCAGGUUUGGAGCACUCAGCAUCCGGCACUGUAUGCUGAUAUCCCAUUCUCGUUCUCCGGUCACGCCACGAUGGCGAUCACGUCGCGCCUCCUCUUUCUCGCCGCGCUCAUGUUUCUCGGAGAAUCGCUGCUCUCUGCGGAAGCCGGCCGGCGGAGAUCGCCUAGUCCUAAGCCGCCUAGUAAGGCGGCGCCUAAGUCAACCGGGCCGAUCGACGCGAUAUUCGUUUUUGGUGACUCGCUUCAGGACGUGGGAAACAAUAACUACGGCAAGUCCGUCCUUCAGUUCAACAUUCCUCCGUAUGGAAAGAACUUCAUCCCGCAGUCGGGUCGCGUGUGCGACGGCAAGCUCGGCAUCGACUUCCUCGCCGAAUGGUUGGGCUUCCCCGCGUCACCUCCGCCGUACCUGGAUCCGAACCGAAACGCUACGUUGGGAGUCAGCUUCGCCAGCAGUGGAGCGUCGUUCAACGUCACAGGAUACACCUUCCCCGCCUUCCAGGCGGCGCAGCAGCUGGAGUGGUUCGACAAGAUCCAGGCGGACGCCAUGGAAUCCGCGAGUGGCGCCGACGCUAGCCUUCCCACCCCAUCCGUCUUCUCCACCGCGCUUUACGUCGUCGGCCUCGGCUCCAACGACUAUUUCGUCCUUUUUUUCGGGGAGACGAUCGACGAGACGACGCUCCCCAGGAUCACCGCGGGAGGCGCGAAGCAAGUGCAGGCGUUUGCGUCGACUGUCGUGGCUGCUUUAAAAGCCUACGUGGAGAGUCUGUACAGCCGCGGCGCGCGGCGGUUCUUGCUGUUUGAAAUUGCCCCGCUCGGCUGCUUGCCGCUGUGGCGACAGGCGCUGCAGCCGGCGGAGAAGCAGGGGGAGUGCGUGAGCGCGAUGAACGCGUAUGCUCAGGAGCAUAACAAGCAGCUGGCUGCUGCUGUUGCUGGCCUGCGGAAAACCCUCAAAGGUGCGGACAUUCUCCUCGCAAGAACGUAUUUGUUUCUGGAAAACGCUGUUGCGGAUCCUGCUUCGGUUGGCCUUUUCGGAACCAGCGCGUGCUGCGGCGGCCCGUCUCCCCUCAACGGCCUCGUGCAGUGCGGCAAAACGGAAACCGUGGGUGGUUACAAGGUUACCGCGACGGCGUGCAGCCGCCCCCAGGAUAGCAUCUUUUGGGACCGCCUUCAUCCCACCGAGGCCUUCAAUCGCGAGCUGGCCAAGAGCAUUUUCCUGGGCGGCAAGGAAUCGAUCGUGCCGAUGAAUCUGCGCCAGCUUGCGAGCGCCGCGAGCGGGGAGAAGAAAUAG